AUGCGUAGUGUGGUAGGAGUCGGACAAGCGCAGAAGCUGAGCAACAGGCACUUGGCAUGUUUGAUUCAAGUCAUUCAGCACAGGUCGAAGAGACAGAAACUCAGGUGUUCACCGCUGUUUCUUAUUUAUUUUGUUGUCACCUGUUUUUGUCGAACUGAUUGGCUCAAGCAAGCAGAAUCACAGCUGCUUGCGCUGCCAAUUUCGUCCGCAAUGGGACAAGGUAUUUGCAAAUGCGUUGAAGAUGAAUCUAGUUCUGCGGCUACCGUGGAUGUGACUUCGGUACCAGUUUUAGCUGACCAGGUCAAGGGGGCGAAGGCCAGCUUUAUGGGUGGAAUGCUUGAAGGCCCAUGGUUCCGGAAAGGAGAUAAUGUUUUCCUCGGCAACAUCAAGGACGACAAAAUGACAUGGGUACCAGGUUUCAAUCAUCCACCCUGUGAGCUUGUGGAGGCUGAUUCACUCCGAAUCAACAUCUUCUUGGAGGGCAAGACGCACAGUGGGGUAAUUUCGAAGACUGGUCCAGAAACUAUGAUAUGUUGGAGUGAUGGGGAAGUUUGGGUCAAGCGAGACAGCUGA